CCACUCUCAUAUAUAUAUGUAUACAUAUAUAAUAAUGUAUAUAUAUGUACUAAGCGGAGAAGGGUGACAACAGUUCUUUUCUCAUCGUCAACGAGCUAAAGAUUUCAGCACAUCAGAAUAACGAUGUUGCAAUAUUCACUUCAAAGAGUUCGAAGCUUUCGGUCUUUGAGUCCCCAGAUCUUUGCUCUGAAAAGUUCUCAUCUCUCUACCGCCGCCGAGCCAUCUUGGAGGCAUCGGAACCCUCUGAGGGUUCCGAAUCUCAUUGGAGGUAGCUUUGUUGAUUCGCAAUCAUUUGAAUCCAUUGAUGUUAUAAACCCUGCAACACAAGAAGUUGUUUGUCAAGUUCCGUUGACUACAAAUGAAGAGUUCAAAUCUGCAGUUUCUGCAGCCAAACAAGCUUUUCCAUCAUGGCGGAAUACGCCUAUUACAACCCGCCAGCGAAUUAUGUUCAAGCUCCAAGAACUUAUUCGGAGAGACAUGGAUAAGCUUGCCAUGAACAUUACAACUGAACAGGGAAAGACGUUGAAGGAUGCACAGGGUGAUGUGUUUCGUGGGCUAGAGGUAGUGGAACAUGCUUGUGGAAUGGCAACUUUGCAAAUGGGAGAAUUUGUUCCUAACGUGUCGAAUGGAAUUGACACUUACAGUAUCAGAGAGCCACUUGGUGUCUGUGCUGGGAUUUGUCCUUUCAACUUCCCAGCAAUGAUUCCCUUAUGGAUGUUUCCAGUUGCAGUUACAUGUGGGAAUACCUUUAUUUUAAAGCCGUCAGAGAAGGAUCCAGGGGCUUCUAUAAUACUUGCAGAAUUAGCAAUGGAGGCUGGUUUACCCAACGGUGUCCUCAAUAUUGUUCAUGGCACCAAUGAUGUUGUUAAUGCUAUUUGUGAUGAUGACGAUAUCAGAGCUAUAUCCUUUGUUGGUUCAAAUAUAGCUGGCAGCCAUAUAUAUGCAAGAGGAUCAGCUAAAGGGAAACGUGUUCAGUCCAAUAUGGGAGCCAAAAAUCAUGGAAUAGUAAUGCCUGAUGCAAGCAUAGAUGCUACUUUAAAUGCUCUUGUUGCAGCUGGGUUUGGUGCUGCAGGACAAAGGUGCAUGGCACUCAGCACAGUGGUCUUCGUUGGAGAUUCAAAGCUAUGGGAAGAUAAGCUCGUGGAGCGUGCCAAAGCACUUAAAGUAAAUGCUGGAACUGAUCCUGAUGCAGACCUGGGUCCAGUUAUAAGCAAACAGGCAAAAGAAAGGAUUUGCAGAUUAAUUCAAAGUGGUGUUGAAAGUGGUGCCAAACUAUUAGUUGAUGGGAGAGAUAUUGUGGUUCCAGGACAUGAGCAAGGCAACUUUAUUGGUCCUACCAUCUUGACUGAUGUCACGGCUGAUAUGGAAUGUUACAAGGAGGAGAUCUUUGGCCCGGUUCUUGUUUGCAUGCAGGCUGACAACUUAGAAGAAGCCAUAAAGAUCGUCAACAGAAACAAAUAUGGCAAUGGAGCUUCUAUUUUUACAACAUCUGGUGUGGCUGCAAGGAAGUUCCAGACUGAGAUUGAAGCUGGACAGGUUGGCAUCAAUGUUCCUAUACCAGUUCCGUUACCCUUUUUCUCAUUUACCGGCUCCAAGGCAUCUUUUGCAGGCGAUCUCAAUUUCUAUGGCAAGGCUGGAGUAAACUUUUACACCCAGAUCAAGACUGUGACUCAGCAAUGGAAGGAUUUACCUAGUGGUUCUGGGGUAUCCUUGGCAAUGCCAACUUCUCAAAAGCCAUAGAUGCAAAAUAAAUAAAUAAAAAAUGUGUAAUCUUUGUUUUUAGAACUCCAGCAAGAUGUGUAAGCUCUUAAAUAAAAUAACAGUCUUCUACCCAUUACAUCUAACCACUUAUGUUCUCCUUUA